AUGCCGACCGCCAAAAAACGACAGACUACGCCCGAAAAACCGGUGAAGAAUAUCAUAAAAGGUCCUUUUGGUGACCAAAAAGGCCACUACACCUUCGAAACCGGAAAGAUGGGUCUGGAGAAGGCCGACUUCAGGCACGUCGCCGAGCAGCGAUUCCCCGAUGACGCAAUCCGCGUCAAGGAGUACUGUAGCGUCUCGCGACGACCGAACGACGAGGGCCGGCGAGCCAUCACGCACAGGCUGCAAAGCAUCAUCAGGGCCGCAGAGGAGGGAGCGGUCCGGGUCGGCAAGGGCGUGGAGGAUGCUAAAGAGGCAGAGUUCAAGAAAAAAGAAGAGGAGUACGCUUUCGAUCUAUGA